CGACCUGGGCGGGGCGUCCCGGAGGCUCUAUGCAAAUCAGCCCAGCGGACCCCGUCCAGCGCCCGGGCUCCGGAAGCAGCGCUCCCCUCCCACUCCCCGCGCUUCCGGCCGGGCCCGCGCCCCCCAGACGCCGAGAGCCUGCAGCCCCGGCCCGGCGGCGAUGGCGCGGCGCCUGCGUGUGCUGGUGGACAUGGACGGCGUCCUGGCCGACUUCGAGGCCGGCCUUCUGCGGGGCUUCCGCCGCCGCUUCCCUGAGGAGCCGCACGUGCCGCUGGAGCAGCGCCGCGGCUUCCUGGCCCGCGAGCAGUACCGCGCCCUGCGGCCCGACCUGGCGGAUAAAGUGGCCAGUGUGUACGAAGCCCCGGGCUUUUUCCUGGACCUGGAGCCCAUCCCGGGGGCCUUGGACGCUGUGCGGGAGAUGAACGACCUACCGGACACGGAGGUCUUCAUCUGCACCAGCCCCCUGCUGAAGUACGACCACUGUGUGGGUGAGAAGUACCGCUGGGUGGAGCAGCACCUGGGGCCCCAGUUCGUAGAACGAAUUAUCCUGACAAGGGACAAGACGGUGGUCCUGGGGGACCUGCUCAUUGAUGACAAGGACACAAUUCGAGGCGACGAGGAGACCCCGCGCUGGGAGCACAUCUUGUUCACCUGCUGUCACAAUCGGCACCUGGUCCUGCCCCCGACAAAGAGACGGUUGCUCUCCUGGAGUGACAACUGGAGGGAGAUCUUAGACAGCAAGCGAGGAGCCGCGCAGCGGGAAUGAGCGGGGAUGCCGCGGGCAGCAGCUGGCGCUGAAGGGCGGGCAGGGGCCACCACAGAGCCGAGUCAGGGCGGCAUCGUGCUGGUGCCUCUGGCCCUGUGGAGUGGAGCAGGCAGAUACCGUUAAGCGCUGUGCUGCCAGGCCCCAGGCCCAGCCACCCGGUACCUUCCGAGAGGCUGCCGCUGACCCCUGGCUUGCGUGGAAAUAGUGGGAAAACCAGUUGGAACUCUUUAAUAAAAGAUCUUGGUUUUCUGGUG